UUCCUCACAAAAUUUUUUCAAAAAAGACAUGAGAUUUGGCCACGUAAUUGGUUUAUGGCCUACUCUAUCACCUUGUCUCUUCAUACAGAUACUAUGGUACUCGCGGUGCGAGGAUUUGCUGAUUGAAUCGCUCGUGCACAUACCAUUGGAUUUAUGCAUGGAGAUCUUACAAAUAGCGAUUGAACAUAUAACUCAAUUGACACUCUUACGAGCCAGACGCCUUAUACUCCUUCUAAUCUACAAAAUAUACUAUAAAUGCCUGUGGUUGCAUUUAGGCACUAUAUCAAUAGGAAAUAUGAAGAAAUACAUUGACCAAUUAAUAACGUAUUUUGAACUAUUGUUAAAUUUGCUUGUCCCUAAGUUUAUCAAUUCUCAUAAUUUAUUUAAUGGAAACAAAUACGUACAACACGGUAUUUUAGUGAAGAAUAUACUUCAGUGCAUGAAAAAGUGCAUAAGUAGCAAAAUUAAAAAUUAUUUGGAAAACUAUAAUCGAGCAAUGCUAUUCAGACUCACUUACGGCAAUUUCAAUGAACAUACGAAUUAUUACCAAAUACUUUGUCCAAACGAGGUAAAAUCCAUUAUAAUAACAUUAGACGAGAAAUUGAUCACUCUACUUUUGAAUCAAAUCAAGUAUGUUGAUUCUUUCGAGUGUGUAGCCUGGAAAAACAUCGUUGAUGAUGAGAACACUAUGAUCCCACUACAUCGUGCUAUCAUCAUUGAAUGUCAUUAUCUUAACGAACUUAUAAAACAGAAUAAUUUUUUAAUGAAAAAUGAACAAUUAUUCCUUUGCCUGAAACAACUUAUAGGACCAAUGAAAUCCGAGGAAUCUAUUUUAACUCUUCAAGAACUUUGUCAUGACAUCACCAAGGGCAAGCUGCACGGUAUAAAGGAACUGAUUAAACGCUAUAAAGAGUGGGACCUGUAUACAUUAGAUUUUAUCAAACAGAGAGUACAAUUUUUGAAUCAUAAUGAUUUUUAUAUCAUACUCGAAUAUCUCUAUUAUAAAUUCGCAUAUUUGCAUACUAAAACAGAAAAAUACCGGGUAUAUGUAUCGGUAUUAAAAAUAUUGCUCCAUCUAAAAGAGCAUGAUUUGCACAGCAUCAUAUUACAAUACAUAGAACGACAUUUUGACGACAAUUGCCUAGAAUGUCUGUAUAAUGAAAAGUCCUUUGACACAUUCUUACGACAAAAUUUAUUUGUUGAAGAAUUCAAUAAUUCGCGAUCAAUGAUGAAUACUAUUUCUGAGACAUGCCUCUUGAUCUUCAUUCUAUUAAACCCAAAGGAUGUAUUAAGCAAGUUAAUGUUGUAUGAAAUGAAUGUUGAAUCAUCCGAUAGCAUUUUAUCCCAAAACAACAAGUUUGCAGUUUUUAUUCGUGACUAUUAUAACUUAAAAAAAGACCAAUCAAACGUGAUGAUGUACAUUCUGAAAAAUAUAGUUUUACAGCAACGCAUGGCAUGGCAUAUAAAUUCAAAGGCGUUUAUAAGUAAAUUAUUGGAUUAUCAGAUGGUAACUGUAGAUGAUGUAAUACACGAACUUUAUAUCCCUUAUCUGAAAAGUAGCUAUUUUGAAGAGACCACCACACGUAAUAUAUUAUUACAUAUACAAAACAUCGUGGCAAGAAAGCUCUUUACAUAUAGAACUAAUUUUACACACUUAAUAAUAAUAUUAAUUAAGAAGACAUCACUGCUAAGGAAAUUUAAUAUUACAAGACAAUACGCUUAA